UCUUUUCAUCUCUCUCUCUCUGAGUGCAGUGAAGAUUUCAAACGUUAGAUUACAAGUUUACAACAAACAACAAAAGUGUAAACAGGAAAAAAUACUAAAACCAGAAAAAUAAAAGAUAAAUCGAAAUUCAUAUUUUGUCUGAAGCACAAACCCAUAACACCAUCGCCACAGGCACACCACUCCAUUCCUUCACCCUCCUCUCUCUCUCUAAAUAUUUAUAUGUAUGUAUGUGUAUUUGAAGAGAGGAGCUGCGCAAGAAAGAAACCUAUACGUAUACGGUCUACAUACGCCCCGUUUUUACUAAAAGAAAGGAGUAAAGCAAAAUCCAAAGCCUCCCCCAUUUGUAGGGUUUUUUUGUUUUUUUUCAAAACUUUUGAAAAAACCCCCUCAAACUCUCCCAUUAUUUUAUUAUACAUUCUUGGAGAUUUUGUGGAUAAUUGACUUGGAAUCCGACGAUCGGUUUCCAGAAUUGAAGAUCUCCCGCAUUGACAUUGUUGAGGCUGUUCCAGCAAUCCAUUUUAUGCGUGGUUCAAAGAAUAGCUAGUUUUAUUUGUAUAGAGAGGUUUUAGGGAAUGGAAGUGCAUAUAUGACAAAAGACCGAAACAAUAAUGUCAUUUUCUACUAUGGAAAAGAUGAAGUCGGAUGCGCCUCUAGAUUAUGCUGUAUUUCAGCUUUCACCGAAGCGCUCACGGUGUGAAUUGUUUGUUUCCAGUGGUGGGAGCACUGAGAAACUUGCUUCAGGAUUGCUUAAACCAUUCGUUGCAAAUUUAAAGGUUGCAGAGGAACAAGUCUCCUCUGCUGCUCAAUCGGUUAGGCUUGAAGUUGGUAGACGUAAAAAUGCUGAAGCAUGGUUCACGAAAGGAACACUUGAGAGGUUUGUGCGAUUUGUAAGCACACCCGAAGUUUUGGAACUGGUCAAUACCUUUGAUGCCGAGAUGUCACAGUUGGAAGCAGCUAGAAGAAUUUAUUCACAGGGAGCAGGAGAUCAACUUUCUGGUGGAGGUGGACCUGGGGUGACAGCUGCAGAUGAUGCCACAAAGAAGGAGCUUCUACGAGCUAUUGACUUGAGGCUAGUGGCAGUGCAGCAGGAUCUAACUGCUGCCGCUGCUCGUGCUGCUGCUGCUGGUUUCAAUGUCGACGCUGUUUCAGAACUCCAAAUAUUUGCUGAGAGGUUCGGUGCUCAUCGUCUAAACGAAGCUUGUGGCAUGUUCAUAUCGCUGUGCGAGAGGCGGCCCGACCUCAUAAACCAAUGGAAAUCCGGACCCGAAGACAGGGCCGUCCGCUCCUCAUGUGGGUCGGAUAUGUCCAUCGACGACGACCCCCCCUCCCCCCAACCCCGGCAAGAGGCCGCCACGUGUCAGCAGCCCAAUCCCGCGGCCCCCACCUUUCCCUUACGUCGCGCUUUCAGCAGAGAAUCCAGUGUCGAAAGGGACGACGGAAACAAGGCGAACGACACUGUUGGAGAAAAAGACGGGAAAGAUGAGACCUUAACUCCUGACCAAACUGGGUCGACACAGGCGAGCCAGCCAGCGAGGCGACUGAGUGUUCAGGACAGGAUAAACUUGUUCGAGAACAAACAGAAGGAGAAUUCUGGAGGAAAGCCCGUUGUGGUAAAGUCUGCUGAGCUGCGGAGGCUGCCGUCUGAUGUGUCAACAACGGGGGCAGCUGCAGAGAAAGCGGUCUUGAGGAGGUGGAGUGGAGCUAGUGAUAUGAGCAUUGACUUGAGUGCUGAAAAGAAGGACGCUCAGAGCCCAUUAUCUACUCCGUCCUCCGCAACAGUUUCUCACGAGAAUAAAGUUUUGAAUUUAAAUGACGAUACAACAAAGAGUUCUUUCGUUAAGCCAGAGAUAAAGGUUAUUCCUAGUUUGAGUAGGGGUAGUGAUAGCAGACUGAAAGAGGGUUUUAAUAAGUCUGAACAGUGUUCCGAGUCUAGUAAGUCAAAUUUUAAUUUGCUUCCCGGUGAAAGUGAUGGUUUGAAAAAUCAAGUGCUUGGCAAGACCCAGUCAAGGUCUUUUAUCAUCAAGGCUGACAAUCAAGAAAAUUCAGAAGAAAAGUUGAGAAAUUUGGUUGAUGGGAAAACUGAGAGUGCUUCUCUUUUUGGGCAUCAGGGGAAGCUGAAGGAUUCGCAGAUUGGUGAAGAUCUUAGCGGGGCCCAGUCACAAAUAGCUGGGGUCAGGGAUCAGGGUUCAUCACUGUCACAUGUUAGGCGUAUUGGAAGCAAAGGUGGUGGUGGGGUUGAUAUCCUGAAUCAAAGACAAGAUUCUGAAUCAUGGGAUGAGUCUGUUGUAGAAACAAGUUUGAAGUCUACUCGGAAGGCUGUGGGAGAGUCGAGGGUGAUUGAAGGUGUUUCUGGUUCAAGAAUUCGAGAGGCUUUUGCUGUUCGCUAUAAAGGGAUUGAAGGUGAUUCGUCCUCUGCUCAGCAAGAGGUAAGAUAUGUUGAGGAAACUGAAGUAGUAGAAAAGAAAGAAUUACGCACCUCUGAGAAGGUAUCCAGUGGUUCUGUUUCAGGAGUUGAAGAUUCUGGACCUCAAAGGAUGAAGUUCAGUAGACAAAGUUCUGCAGCUGAACUGAGUAAGAAGGCAAAAAAGCAAGGAGACAGUUAUUUUAGUGGAACCAGCAGGGGACCUUUUCCCGGUAAAGUUACAGCAGAGGCUCUGGAAGGCUGUGAUUCUUUUUCAACGCCACCUCCAGAGAAAGCUCAAAGAAUGACACAAUCUAAGGGAAAUCAGGAACUCAAUGAUGAGUUAAAGGUGAAAGCGAAUGAGCUAGAGAAGCUCUUUGCCGAGCAUAAACUGAGGGUCCCUGGAGAUCAAUCCAGUCCUCAUUGGGGAAAGUCAGACGAUUCACAACAUGAGCUAGCUAGUGGUCUACACUACUCGAAACCAGUAGCAGAUGUAUCUUCUCAAUUGUCUGACAAUUAUAAGUCAAAUGAAACUGCUGGGAGUUCAAAGAACAAGAGCAAGUUCAUUUCUGCCUCUGCCGUGAAAACAAUUGAUAGCCAGAACUAUGGUGAUGCUUUGAGUAAGGAUUUUUCUGAGCUUAGUGUUGCAGAGAGUUCUCGAGGGAAAUUCUAUGACAAGUAUAUACAGAAAAGGGAUGCAAAGCUCAGGGAAGAUUGGAGUUCCAACAGAGCAGAGAAAGAAGCCAGAUUGAAGUUUAUGCAGGAUAGCCUUGAGAGAAGUAGAUCUGAGAUGAAGGCCAAAUUUUCUGGAUCUGCAGACAGACAGGAUUCUUUAUCCAGUGCUCGUCGUCGAGCUGAGAGACUCAGAUCAUACAAUAGCCGGUCAAUUAUGAAAAGGGAGCAGCAAUAUUUAGAUUUUUAUGAUAGCGAAGAUGAUGAGGAAGCACUGGAUUUUGUAGAGAAGAAUCGUCCUCGUGAAGAUACCGCUUUUGAUGACAUCUCUUUCGGCGAUGGUAUUUCUAGGGGUGCACAGGGGAAGAAGCUUUUGUCGAAUAACCGAAGUUUGUCUUCAUCUACUCCUCGCACCUCGGCAGCCCCUGCUCCAAGGUCUUCCACCAAAACAUCCACAAAUACUGGUAAGCGAAGACUGCAACCUGACAAUCCGCUUGCACAAUCUGUCCCCAACUUUUCUGACCUGAGAAAAGAAAAUACUAAGCUUUCUUCUGGAGGCACCAAAACAACUAGAUCACAAUUAAGAAACUAUGCCCGCAGCAAAAGCGCAACAGAAGAAGCAACUAUUGUCAAGGAGGAGAAGCCACGCCGAUUGCAGGCAAUGAGGAAAAGCUCUGCAAAUCCAAGAGAGUUGAGAGAAAUGUCUCCGUUGGACUCAGAUGGUGUUGGCUUGACACCAAUAAAAUUUGAUGAGGAAGUUCAGAGAACUGUUGGGACCAAGCCUUUUCUUAAAAAGGGUAGUCGUGCCAGCUUUGUUUCUCAAACAAGUAUUGCAAGGCAAAGGGCUUCUGUGGGAUCUGAGCCUGCAAAUAAUGUAGAUGAAAACAAUGAAAUGACAUCUGGACCUGAUGAAUUCGGGAUUACUGUUAAAGAUGAAGAAGAAGAAGAAUUUGAGACUUCGAACACUGAAGGCCAUAAGGUUUUGGAAGAAGUGGAACCAAUAAUGAGUAUCGGGUCAGAGAAGUUUGUGAAUUCUGGAUCUGAAAAUGGUGAUGGUACUCUUACAUUUUCACGUGUGGACCAGGCUUUGGGCUCACAAUUGCCCAGUGAAAUUCCUUCGAGAUUCCUGCCUGUUGAAUCUACGCAAGAUUGGCCAAGUGAAAGUCCUAUGUCAUGGAAUUCUCAUAGUCAGCAUCCCUUUGCGUAUUCCCACGAGAUGUCUGAUGUUGAUGCAUCUGUGGACUCCCCAGUUGGAAGUCCUGCUUCAUGGAAUUCACAUUCUUUAAAUCAAAUGGAAACUGAUGCUGCUCGAAUGAGGAAGAAAUGGGGAACAGCACAGAAGCCGAUGUUGGUAGCCCAUUCAUCCAAUAAUUUAUCCCGCAAGGAUAUGACUAGGGGAUUUAAAAGGUUACUGAAAUUUGGAAGGAAGAAUCGAGGCUCAGAGAGUUUGGUUGACUGGAUCUCGGCAACCACAUCUGAGGGAGAUGAUGAUACGGAAGAUGGACGGGAUCCUGCCAAUCGGUCAUCAGAGGAUUUGAGGAAGUCAAGAAUGGGUUUUGCUCAAGCUCAACCUUCUGAUGAUAGCUUUAAUGAAAGCGAGUUUUACAAUGAAUCAGUACAAUCUUCUCAGAGUUCUAUCCCAGCACCUCCAGGCAACUUUAAACUAAGAGAGGAUCAUAUUUCUGGAAGCUCAAUCAAAGCUCCAAGAUCAUUUUUCUCAUUAUCAACAUUUAGAAGCAAGGGAAGUGAGUCAAAACCUAGAUAAUUGCUCCCAGGAUUGCUGUACAUUUGCUCGGGGAUGCCGUCUCUGACACCAGCAUUGAUAAUUACAAGUAUGACGCCCAAUGGUUGAGAUUGGAAUCACCUUCCAUAUAAGUACAAUGGUACGCUGUACAUGCUCAUGGAUUCAAGUGGCCUUCAUGAAGAUCUAGUUAUUUCUUGUAGUUUCAAAAUAUUAUGUUGUAUAUUGUAAUGAGUGGAUAGUUCCAAUUGGCGGAACAUUGAUGUGAUUUUUGCAGCUAAAGUAUUCUUUUCUUGCCAUUGAUUGUUUUGUACUGCACUUGGUGUUAAAAUGCUUUUCUAGAAUCAAAUGUUGGGUGUGAAUGAAAA